AUGAAGCUGAACAUCUCCUUCCCAGCCCCUGGCUGCCAGAAACUCAUCGAAGUGGACGAUGAACGUAAAUUUUGUACCUUUUAUGAGAAGCGAAAGGCCGCGGAAGUCGCCCACGAGGCACUGGGCAAUGAAUGGAAAGGCUAUGUUGUCCGCAUCAGCGGUGGGAAUGACAAGCAAGGCUUUCCCAUGAAGCAAGGUGUCUUGACCCACGGCCCUGUCCGCCUACUGCUGAGGAAGGGGCACUCCUGCUACAGACCAAGGAGAACUGGGGAGAGGAAGCGCAAAUCUGUCCGGGGCUGCAUUGUGGAUGCCAAUCUGAGCCUUCUCAACUUGGUUACUGUAAAGAAAGGGGAGAAAGAGAUCUCAGGACUGACUGACACAACUGUGCCUUGUCGCCUGGGGCCCACAAAAGCCAGCAGAAUCCGCAAGCUCUUCAAUCUCUCUCAAGAAGAUGACAUCCGCCAGUAUGUUGGGAGAAAGCCCCUGAACAAAGAAGGCAAGAAACCCAGGACCAAAGCGCCCAAGAUUCAGCGUCUUGUGACUCCACACGUCCUCCAGCACAAGCGCCGGCGCCUUGUCCUGAAGAAGCAGCGCACCGAGAACAAGGAGGAGGCCGCCGAAUAA